AUGACAAGAGAAGGUUCAGAACGUCAUGAUAAAGGAAAGGGGGUAGCAAGGCCUAAAAAUAGGCAACGACACGCACCAAAGUAUGUACUUAGGGUGCCUGCUACACUACCUAUCACUGCUGCCCUCAGUCCAUCAUCUAUGGGGCCUUCUCCUACCCCUACCGUACACCCUCCUCCUACCCUUGCAACAAACAUUCUUCCUCCUCCUGUGAUUAUUACCCCCACUCCUCCCCCUGUGAGUAUUACCCCCACUCCUCCUCCUACGAUUAUUACCCUCACUCCUCCCUCUGUGAAUAUUACCUCUAUUGCUCCCCCUAACCCUACUUCUAUACCUUUCUCAUCUUUUAUACCACCUUCUGAGACUGCCACACCAUCUGCUGAUCCAGAUUUAGCUGAUGAUGAGUUUCGUAAUAAGUGUGCUACAGCCCAGAGGAACAGAGCUUCUGAAAAGAGUGGCACCCUGCAUACUGGUGGGUCGAUCACCGUUCAUGAGCAUGGCUUUUGUAUGUGGAGGGAAUUGGAGGAGUACAAAACACAAGAAAUCGUCGCCAUAGAACGCCGCCUAAAGACACGAGAAUAA